AUGGCUGAGGGCGGACCUGAGGCCCCACCUGGCGAAGAAUCAACUGCAGCCGCCGGUGCUGAAGGCGAAGCACCAGGUGGCGGAGCUGGUGGGGGUGGAGCUGGUGAGGGCGAAGCUGGUGACGAUGAUGGCAAAGAUGAAACCGUCGCGGCCACCGAAAGAACCAUUUCCAUACCAAAAUUCGAAACCGAUGAAUUUGGGAACUGGGUGUACAAUCCCUGGGCCGUUACCUUUGGCAAAAUCUGGCAGGAUACGCGUUUCAAUAUUGUCGGUCGUUACACCAUACCGCGCAUGCGUCUAGAGUCCAAAAUGGUAUUCGACUAUUAUCUAUCAGCGAGCAAAUAUAGCACUGUAUGCAUGGGUCGCUCCACUGUCUACAAUAAGCCCAGAGUGAUGAAGUGGCUCUCCAAUAACGUUUACAAUCAAACCCAUGAACAUCGACCCGUUUGGCUGGGCAUCAGGCGUGAGAUCUACGAGCAUGGCAAUUCGGAGGAGUGCCACACAUCCAAGUUUAACGCAUUUCGAAGAUAUUUCGAGUGCGCUAUGCGUCGCAAUCAGCGAGUGGAGUACAUGAUACCGCAAUAUCCGCUUCACCAACUUGGCUAUAAUGGUCACUAUUGGGGCAAUCUACCCAGGGAGGAGAAAGAGCAACACUAA